GCAAAUAAAAUCACCAGCGGGCCAGAGUAGGAUGAACAUUGAAGGUUUUCCACCACAAACUAUUUCACUCUAUUCUUCCUACCGUCUUCUGAAGGUAUGUGUUGUCAGGGGAGACAGAAGUCCAUGUGCCAAGUUUAGCAUGUGACCACCACUAUUUUUAGUGUUCUACCAGACUAAAAUUAGACCUCUUCUAGGGUCACGUUUCAUCAAGGAACACCACUGACAGACAAGGAACGAGGUCUAUUGCUACUCUGUUACAAGAUUUUCAAAGCAAAGAAGCUAUUCCGUCAACACAAUGGAAUACAUUGAAGAGAUUUCUGAGGAAUUUAUCACAUGGGUUUUCUUGAUGCACAUUAUUCCAAUCUAGAAGGUACUAUUUAUUUUGGCAGUGUUUGCCCGGCAACAUGACUACUACAGCUGUGCUCCAAUAGGUUUUGAACUCACACAUUAAUUGUGUUAGUGCUUCCUCAAACGUUACAGUCUAUUUGGGGUGACAGAUGUAUUUAAUCCUUUUUGUCAAUUAUGUGAAAGAGUGCAGUUUGGCUUGAUAUGGAAGAAUAAUGAAGAUCCAAAUUAAAAAUAGGCUACAUAACCUUAUGUUAUCAAUCAUCAUUAUGAGUGAGUUUCCUUCUGCAGUGAAGAAAUCUGAGCAGAGAAUUUCCUGCAUCUGUCCUUGUCUAGCCCUGUCCGUCUAAUUAAGGGAAGCAGUGAUCAACCAGACUCCAGUCCUGUUUUGAGUUGAGACUAUUUUGGGAGCUGUGUUUGAACAGUUUGUGUAGGGUCACCAUGACCGGGGUGGCAGUGUGCAGUGGCUCCGUCAGCUCUAUCAAGUCCCUUUGGGAGACUAGAAUUAAGAAAACGAAACAAGAUCUUCAGAAGCAACAAGAACAAAGGGCCGGUGUAGGUAGGGUGAGACAUAACUGGGAAGAUCGGAUUAUCUUGGCCAAACUGAAAGAGAAAGUGGUGACAGAGGAAGGACGUGUCAUUUUAAGGAUAGAGAAAGAGGAAUGGAAGACUUUGCCUCGAGCCUUGGUUCACUUUCCUCAACUCAUGGAGUGGCAGCUUCACAGGGUUGGACUACAAACAAUCCCACGCUUCAUUUCCAGCUUUGAGAAUCUGCUUGUUCUUGACCUGUCCCGAAAUGCCAUCACAGAGAUCCCAAAGGAGAUUGGUAAACUGACCAGACUAAGGGAGCUGCUGGUGAGCUACAAUAGAGUGCAAAGUGUUCCAGAGGAGCUGGGCUGUUGUGAGAACCUGGAGAAACUGGAGCUGGCGAUGAACAGGGACCUUGAUGAGCUGCCUUCAGAGAUAAGCAACCUGAAGAAGCUUUGCCACUUGGAUCUCUCCAUGAACCAGUUCACAGAGAUCCCAGAGAGUGUGGUGAGUCUGCCAGCCCUGGAAUGGCUGGAUAUGGGUGGAAAUCGGCUGCAGAGCUUACCACAUGACAUUCACAGAAUGGAGAAGCUGCAUACUAUGUGGCUGCAGAGGAACGAACUGGAGUUCCUGCCUGACAACAUCUGUUACAUGCGAAGCCUGGACACGCUGGUGCUUAGCAACAAUAAGCUACAUGACAUUCCCUCAAUGAUGGAGGACAUGAACAAUCUCAGGUUUGUGAAUUUCCGAGACAACCCUCUAACAUAUGAAGUGGAACUGCCUGCUGACCCAAAGAAAUCUGAGGAGGACGAGGAUGACAGAGAGAUGUUUGGCCGAGAUUUCAUGCGCGUCUACUGCCAGGAGGCACGGAAAAGAGUUAACGCCAUGCUAAAUAUGCAUCGUGUAAAUCCACCUGAGUCAUACUACACCUCAGAACUAAAUGUGACCCUUGAAGCUGUGGCAGAGUCUGCACCGUCACUGUGACCUACAUGUUGGC